AUGAUCAGCGCCAACCGCCGCAGCGAAGCUUACAGCUACGCUUCACAAAAGACACUACAAGCAAAAUCAUACUUCUGCUGCUUCUGGAGAGAGGGCGGCGCCACCCAAUUAUACGACCGCGGCGACACCAUCCUCCACUUCUUGGCCAUCUCCGGCAACGACGAAGUCAUCAAAGAACUGCUUGGCAAACGCCUGCUGACCGGUGCUCAGCUCAUGAAGCAGAACGAUAGGGGAGACACGGCGCUGCAUGAGGCGGUGAGGUACGGUCAAAAGGAGAUUGUAGAGAUGAUGGUGAAUGAGGAACCAGGACCAGGAGGGUUGGUUUUGGUGCGGAAUGAGUUGGGAGAGACUCCUCUUUAUGUUGCUGCUGCUUCUGGAGAGAUUGAAAUUUUCGAGUUCCUUGAAAAACACUGCCAAGAAAUCAUAAGUCAGAGGAGAAACGACGGCUCCACUGUUCUUCAUGCGGCGGUGAUAGGAGAACAUUACAGAAUGGCUAUUCAUAUAGCAGGCUCACACGAAGAGCUAGCUCAGAAACAUGGUGAUCAGGGCAACACGCCAUUGAAUUUGUUGGCCACAAUGCCAUCUUCCUUCAGGAGUGGGUCUACGUAUGAUUUAAGAAAUCUAGGCAGGACGGCCUUCCUUCCCCUGCAAAUUAUUGAAGCUAUAACCUAUCGCUAUAUGCCACCAAUGUAUGUCGAGACUAAACCUACCGGUGAUGAGGAGAAUCAACUUAAUGACAAAGUUGCUGGCUUUGCUUGGUUUCAAGAAGUUGAUGAUGCAAAGCAAAAACACAUACUUACAAUGGCGUUGGCAAAAAAUCUAAUUCUUCAAGAGAAGGAAUGGAGUCGCAACGUGUGCUGUGAAGAUGACAACGACGACGACUCCUCUGAAGCCAGUUGGAGUGAAUUUUCAUCGAAGAAGAAGAAGAACAAAGUCCCAAACCCGCUUAUACAAGCAAUCAUUCAUGGCAUCGCUGAGUUAGCACACGAGAUCCUUAAAAAUUACCCCGACGCUGUGAAUUCCCUCGAUGAGAAGGGAAGGAACAUACUGCAUAUAGCGGUUAAGCAUAAACAGGCAGACCUUUAUGAUUUCUUCCAGAGGAAAGUAUUUGACAAGGACGAUAGAUGGAGGGCUGACGUUGACGAUGAAAAGAACACCAUUUUGCAUCUUGCCACAUACAAAGAUAGCAUUCCUAACGACCCCCUUGGAGUCAUACAAAAAAUGGCAUGGGAUGUGCUAUGGUUUCAACGCAUAAUGAAUGACUCUUGCCCACAUUUGAUGAGUGUUCAAAACAAUGAAGGAAUGACAGCAAAAGAAGUAUUUGAAAAGGAACACGAAGGUCUAAGAAGUGCUGCUGAGAAAGCAGCCAAAGAUAUGAAUCAAGGCCUAAUGGUUGUUGCCACCCUCAUUGGCACAGUCAGUUUCGCCGCACUUUUUACUAUUCCUGGAGGUUUUGAUCAAACUAAAGGUAGUCCGAUCCUUUUUGAUGAAUCAAAUAAUAAGAAGCAGGAAAUGAGGUUGUUCUUGGGAUACAUAGGGGCAACUCUCUUUGCUUCGCUUUUGGCCUUAGGAACUCUCCUUUCAAUUCAACUGUCACGGUUUAACAUGGAGGAUUUCAGAGUAUCUUUGCCAUUAAAAUUUAUUCUUGCCAUUACUGGGAUGUUCUACUCAACAACCUUCACUCUCACGGCAUGUUUACAAGCCUACAUUCUGGAGGAUGCAAUGACAGAGAAAUGUGUUUUCGCCCUGCUUGCUGGCUCAGUAUUGAUGUGCCUCGUGUUCAUAGACGUGACAUUUCUUCCCUGCAAUUACAUGUGCAAUGUGUUUCGCUAUUCAUUGACUUAUAAAAGCCCGAAAAUGUAG